AUGACCUUGGCCCUUUCACCCACAGACCCCACAGCACGCCGCACUGCCAAAGCAGGCCCUGCAGCCAGCAGGAACCGCUACGCCAGCCAGUGGACCCUGAACCGGCCCCAACCUCCCACCUCCUCCCACACCCUGAGCACAGACUGGAGACUGCCCACACCGAAUGCCGCCGGCUCUGUAGACAAGGAGAGCGACAGCUACAGUGUCAGCCCAUCGCAGGACACAGGUACUGGACUGACCCUAUGUCUCACAUACAACAUUAGUCUGCAGCAAAGGGGAGACCACUACUACUGUACGUGGAAGGGUCAGAGUGCUCACGGUAUGUUUUAAGAUAUUUCCUAUAUAUCUUAGGAAAUUUCAGCUAUGUGCAUAUACUAUAAUGGAUGUUGUGUGUGUGUGUGUGUGUGUGUGUGUGUGUGUGUGUGUGUGUGUGUGUGUGUGUGUGUGUGUGUGUGUGUGUGUGUGUGUGUGUGUGUGUGUGUGUGUGUGUGUGUGUGUGUGUGUGUGUGUGUGUGUGUGUGUGUGACUACUCAGACCGCGCGCGGAGCAGCAUGGUGUCGACAGAGAGCGCGUCGUCCACGUACGAGGAGCUGGCCCGGGCCUACGAGCACGCCAAGAUGGAGGAGCAUCUGCGGCACGCUAAGUUCACCAUCACAGAGUGCUUCAUCUCUGACACCUCCUCGGAGCAAAUGACGGCCGGCACCAACGACUACACAGACAGCCUGACGUCCAGCACGCCGUCCGAGUCAGGCAUCUGCAGGUUCACCGCCUCCCCGCCCAAGCCUCAGGACGUCAGCCGGGUCAUGAACAUGGCCGCACCCAAGGCCCACAGACCGGGUGAGGAGAAGGCAGCACUCAUAUACAGAACACACACAGACAUACAAACACAUACACACACACACACACACACACACAGUACAGUUCAAACCUUACUGAAACUACAUUAUGAUGUAUUAUUUUCCGCAUUACUCUAGAUCAGUGAUUUCCAACUCCGGUCCUCCAGUACCCCCAACAGUACAUAUUUUUGUUGUGGCCCUGGAGAAGCACACCUGAUUCUACUAAUCAUCAAGCCCUUGACAAGUUGAAUCAGGUGUUUCUGUCUGGGGCAACAACACAAAUGUGUGCUGUUGGGGGUACUCGAGGACCGGAGCUGGAAAACACUGCUAUAGAUAGCAGUUCAGUUCUGGUCCAAUUAGGCCUUGGGCCACAACAUUACUACUGUAACUUCCAUAGAUCUCUGGGCUUGUUCAAAGUUAAGUUUUAUAGCUUUCAUUUAACACAGCAUAUUACAAAACGCCUAUUGCAAAAUAAUGAUCAUGAUCAUGAGAUACACUUCCUCAGAUAACCCCUCUGGCAUGCUGUUAAUGCUUGAUGAAGUACAAACACUAUUAAAACCCAGUAAUACCCCUCUCACAGUGCUGUAUUCAUCUUCAGCGCUCUGCAGAAAUGUCUGCACAUGGAGGAGCUGUCCGUCUGUCAGGCUAUUCGUCUUUCUGAAACUAUCCUCUCCCAGGUUGGCCUCAUAUGACCUGCUGCUCCUCACCUCCCGUUCCUAUUGGUACCACUGUUUGGCACAGCUUGUGGACAGACCAAACAGACUGGGUUGAAAUACAUAGACAUGAGGAAAUACACAUUCUUCAAAUACUUUUUGUAAAACAUACACACACACAGAGACAGAUUGUAUAUCGUGCGUUUAGCGAGUCCUGGCCUGCCGUGUUGUCAGUCUGGGCUAGGGGUAUGAAGACUAGCUAGUUGUUGAUGGUGUCUGGAGGCAGGAGCUGGGCUGGGGUGAGUGAGUGAGACGAGGUAGACAGGUUUUGGCUAUCUGAGCUGGGUCUUGAGUUUCCGUCCCUCAUUAUGUUUUCAUGGUGCGUACACGAGCCAGCUGCCCACAGUCAUCAGCCAGCGGGAGGCUUAAACCAUCAGCUGAGGGCAAGUAGAGGCAAUCUGUCAAUCCAAUCUAAAGCUAUUGUCUGUCAAUACAAAACAGCACUUUACUACCACAAUAAAGACGUUCAGUGUGAUAUCGGUCUUUCAGACGCAGAGCCUGUUGUAGCGUCGUGCUAACCCUGGUGUUACUUUCAUCCAGCGGGAGCUGGGCGACACCAGCGACACAUAGACAAGCUUUAGAGGUUUCUACAGUAAGUCCCUGUUGAAGACCGUUGUUACCAGUCUGUAAUACCAUUAGCCAGCUCUGUUGUGGCACACACUGUGGAAUUCACACAUGUUAGUUUGAACACAGUUCCUUUUUAGGGUGUUUUUGCCCAGUGAGUGUCAGUAUGAUCAGAAUCCUCAAGAAAAAAGGCAAUCUUCAAUAUAAAGCAUACAUGUUGAUGAUGACAUACAAUAGUGUCUGUCUGUCUGUCUGUGGCCCACUGCCCCCCCCCCCCCUUCUGUAAUAAUGUACCUUUGCCCUGAGUUGACACUGCGACCUCAUCUGUCAGUCACACAGGGACACACAGGAGGGCACAGCCCUCUCUCCUGUUACUCUGACAUUUGUCAAUCACAAUCACACACAGCUGAUACUGAUACAGUAGGUCAACCUGGGGUCAUGACUUUGACAUUACGUGUAUCCACUACGUGUGGGAUUUGGCAAGGUCAUUUCUUUGUGUGUGUGUGUGUGUGUGUGUGUGACCAUAGAGUCAUUGGGGCAAACUGGAUGGAAACAUUGGGCAACGAUCUGUGUGACCUCUCAUAAACAGUCUGUCCUGUACAAUUACUGUAGGGAGCCAAUCAAAGAGGAUGAUCUUGAGGUUCUCAGCUCAUAAACAUUUACUGCAACACUGUUUCUUGUGCUGAGUAGUCAACAUGUGAUGGGCCUUUAAACAAUCCAAGGUGUCUCUGUGUGUUUGGGUGUGUGUGGGUGUGUGCAUGCGUGCACACGCGAUGUGUCUGUCUGUUUACCAAUGUGUGGGUAGUUGUGGAAGCUCAUUGGAAGGCCAGAUUACAGAAAAUGAGAACAGCUCCUUCCCCAGCAGCACAGAUCGACUUGGGCACACAAAAUGUUAAAACACUCAUAUACAUCAAACCCCCCAGCUUAGAGACUUAUUGCAUGGCUGGGAAUCAUUAUUGUGUAGCGGAUACAAGUUGUGCCAUUACCUACGCCCUGCAACUUUCAGCUAAAUAAAUUCCCAAUGAGCUCCCAAAGAAAAGCUUAAAUCUAUAUUUAAUUCAAUUAAAGCUGGUUGCCAUUUAUCAUCUUUACUGGUUUUAAUAAAGCCUAUUAUAUACACAGUAAAUUAUGCAUGCUCCCUGCGAACUCUGGGAUUCAGUCACUAAGGUCACAUGUAGGAUACAAUCUACAUAGAUGGGCCAGUCCUCCUCUGUGUGGUGGUGGUGGUGGCGGUGAUGGUCGUGGGGGAUAGUGAUUUGGCAUAGAAAAGGCCAGUCACUGAAGCCUGCUGAUCUCUGUGGCCUCUGAAAGAUUAGUAUUGAAGACAUCCAUUAGAGCAGUAAUGGAACAGUACAUGUCUCCCCACCACUCCUAAUCAAGUCUAAAAUCUUUAGUACGACUCAUACAUCUCUGGCUACGUCUUUGUGAUGAUCUAAUUUCCUAAAUUAAAUAUGUAAUUUAUUCAGUGGACGAGAUACAUUUACAGCAGAAGUGAUGGUAUCAUCAUCCACUCAACCAUGUCCAGUGAUUCACUGUCUGCAUGGGGGAAUACUGUGUAGAGAAGCCCAAGUCUUUUAAAGUGCUGCAGUGUCAUUGACUAAACGUACACUUGGGUUACGUCACAGGCUUGGUUUAUUCUGGCUCCUGGACAGCAAAGAUUCUGUCUCCGAAUGAGAUUUGAACCACCUUUUUGCUUCAGUUAACCCCCGGUACAGAUGAGGAGGGUUUGAGAGUAGGCAGUGCAGGUCUGUUCGACGUGAUAGUCCUGAAGAAAUUGAAAAGUGAUUUGAAUAUGAAUCUGACAGGUUAAUGCAGCAAUAUCGUAGGAUAAGUAAUCUCGUCGCCAAGCCAUAAAAAAAUAUACCGUCCUGAAAUCCUUAUAGAAUCUGUAUCCUCCCGACUCAAUAUGAUAGAUUAGAUUACAUUAUCCAAACUGAAAUCAUAUUUCCUCAACUAAUUUGAUUUCCUAUCAUAUACCAUAUAUCCUGGCAGAAAGUACAUACCUUAUGAAAAGACCCCUAUGGAAUAGAAAGUAUCAGAGUAAUGCUGACAUUGAGAAUUGUCCUCCCAGUGUAGUGAGUGUACCCCUCUAACCUUUCUGACUGGGUACCCCUCUAACCCCCCUCUCUGGUCUCAUCCCUCAGGAGGAGAGCUGGUGCACCUGCCCCCGUACCUACGCAUGGACUUCCUGUUAAACCGUGGCUCUGCGUCGGGAGGCCGGGGGUCCAAUGGUGGUAACGGAGGAAGAGAAGGAGGAGGAGGGGAGGCAGGGGCGUUGGGCCAGGCGUGUCUGGAGCCCCAGAAGAGCCGCACCCUGAAACGGCCCCCGCUCCUGGAGCCCACACCCAUGGAGGUGCCCACGUCCAGGGAGGUGCAGCAGUGGCAGCCAGAGACUGCCUCCACACUGCCCCAGCGUGAGCCCACUGGCCGUGAGGCCACAGGAGACCUGGCCCAGGCGCAGGCCGCCAAGCUCAGCAGCUCACAGGAGUCCCUGCUAGACUCCAGAGGACACCUAAAACAGAGCAACAACCCCUACGCAAAGUCCUACACACUGGUAUAA